AUGUCUUCGACAGCUCAGACAUCGGUCUCGACUCCAGUCAUCCCUCCCGCGACGCCGGUCGUUGACAGCCCUGGCACAUGGCAACACCCUCGCAUGCAAGAGAUCACACGGCGGCAGGAAGCUUCCAGCUUCACCGAUAGGAACGUCAGGCGCAUCGUCAUCAACGUCUGCGUAUUCAUUUCCCUAAUCGUCCUGCAUACCUUCUUCGCUUGGAUUCUACCCUCGAAACGGUCAUUUCCUUACCAGCUAUGGUACUACUCCAACUAUGCCUACUGGGCUCUGCUCUCGCUGCCUAUACUCAACAUAGCUUACAAUCUGUUGCCUCUGAUCAGACCGAAGGAUGACCUCGCCGACAUACCCCUGACACCCGGACAGCGACAGUUGCUAGGCUUGCCGGCCUCGUCAGGUCCGCCGACACCAGGAUCUGUGUAUAGCACACCACCACGAUAUUCACGAACACCCUCAGCUUCCGGCUCGGCAGCAAGUAAGCGAAGUUUCUCGGGCUCGCCUCUCUCGAACCGCAGCCCCUCGAACCACGGCAGUCCGUCCAACGGAAAUGUGGGAGCAAGUCCAGGAGGUUUUGCAUCGCCAGGACACCACUUGCUACAGAAAGCUGUCUUCGGUGCGCGACGAUCGUCGCUGGGAUCGAUGGGGUCGCCAAGCCCUAUGGGCAACAGCACAGGCGCGUUACUGUUCGCAGGAGGUCCGGAGAGUCCUAGUCCCAGUCCUACUUCAGGGAAGCGAAGUACCGUCGGACUGAACAGCAAGUGGCGGUAUGAGAAAGGGCUGUACGACAAGGUACGGUAG